AUGUAUAGGCCAACCACGAAAUAUGAAUGGUGGUUAUGCGGUGUGCUGCUCACGCAGGCUAUCGUGACAAUUGCCCUUGAAAUAUACAUAUUUGUUCAGUGGCAGUCAUGGGUGACACCUACCAUCAUUCAGGUUGUGGUGUCAUACUUGAUUCCAAUCAACCUGGCUAUUUUGGUCUUUGCCUGUGUCUAUGAGUUUAUUCUGACCUUGGAUGCAAUCCACAACAAGAACAACAUUCUUCUUUUUGCAAUCUGCAUCAGCAAUGCCUGCAGUUUCGUUUACGCCGUUAUGCAGUAUCAACUGAUGAAAUCGACUACUGCGAGACUGUUUGGAGAUCGAUAUGGGUAUCCAACUCUGAUUGAUACCACGCGUAAUAUCUGGCCCUUGAUCCAGCCAGCUGAGAUCGUUGUUUGCAUCAUUACAGGAUUGGGUACUUUGGUCAUGUGCCCAUGUUUAUAUUUCUUGCAUAGAGAAUACGCCUGGGCUAUUUACAAAUGUGUUCAUGGUAGCCGGAAAACUCGAAUGCGCUAUCUGUUUUAUGAGAUCUUCCUCGUCCUGAUCAAACUCAACUUUUACUUUCUGAUCGGGUUCAUCCUCCAAUACAACUUGAUUUACGUCCAUUUACCCGGACUGGAGUACAAUUUAACCAUGUGUCUCAUUCCAGUCUCAUUCAUCUGCAUGCUGCUCGGUAUAUACUUUGUUCAGAAUGAGCGAACAUGGGGUGUGAUUGGCAUUAUAAUAUGUUACUUGGGUAUACUCGCAUAUUUGAUUAGCCGCAUCAUAAUCCUUUGUGAGAACGAGACGGUAGGAAAAGAUAUGAUGCUCCUAUUUGCGUGCGUGUCGUUGGUGCUCACCACUGCAACGAUUGUUUGCGCCGUUGUAUGCAUUACCAACUUUGACCGGGGUUUCAAGAUGAUCAAUCAAGCGAAGAACGGACCCACAGGAGAUUCGUACUUGUUGCAGACGGGAUAUAUCUCUCCCUCUCAUCAUCCCUCUUCGCGGCCGUCCUCCCGGCUCACGCUGGAUUAA